AUGGCGCAGAUCGACGUGGAUGUGUUCACGGCCAAGGUUUAUUCCCAGUGGGACUGGAGCUGCCAGGACAGGACAUUUGGAGACAGCGCGUCCUCGCCGGAAUCCGAGUCCUUCGAUUCCGCGUGCUCGUCGCCGGACGCCCGCUCCAGCCCCACAGAGCGCGAGCACGCGGAGCAGCAGAAGCCGAAAGUGAAGAUGAGUAUGAGGAGGAGGAUGAAGGCCAGCGAGCGGGAGAAGCUCCGCAUGAGGAGUCUGGCGGAGGCGCUGCAUCAGCUGCGGGAUUACCUUCCUCCGGGAUACAGCAGGAGAGGACAGCCGCUCACCAAGAUCCAGACGCUCAAAUACACCAUCCAGUACAUCAAAGAGCUGUCCGGCAUCCUCGAUCAGCAGUGAUACCCGCGGGAA